AUGACAGUAAACGUAUAUAACAAUACAUUGUUAUUCUCUCUAAUCUCUUCUUAAUCUUAUUUUAUUUUUGGUUCUUGCAUUACUAGAUAUUUUGAACAGAAUAAGAGCUUCUAGCGGUAAUAAAUCAUGGUGCUGUCCCAAUUUUCCUUAAAAUGGGAUUCUCACAAGCCUACUAUUUGCAGCGGAUUCUGCUCUUUGCAGCAGAAUGGAGAAUUUGUGGACAUGACAUUGGCAGCUGAUGGUCACUUUGUUAAAGUUCAUCAAGUAUUAAUAGCAUUAGCAAGCCCGUACUUGAAAUCACUUAUAAGUUCUGCACCCUGUCAACAUCCGGUAAUAUUUUUAAAUAAUGUAUCUCAUUCAACUCUCACACUACUGUUGGAGUACAUAUAUACAGGGGAAGUGUUGGUUCCUCCGAACAGCUUAUCUUUGUUUAUUGAAGCUGCAAAAUCACUUCAUAUAAAAGGACUUGAAAAUAUUCAGGCAGAUAGAGAAGUUUCUGGUCCUAAUUCCGGAAGCAUUUCCUCAUCUUUUAUAUCAUCAAAAAGAAGCACAUUAGAAGAGUCUAUAAAUUUACUGCCACCAGUUAAGAAGAUAUCGUUAAAGCAAGAAGACCAUAAGUCAUACCUACAACCGCAGAGCUACACAAACAAUGAAGCCGAAGCCGAAGCGGACGAUGACAAUGAUUUUCAGAAUGAUUCCGAUAUGACUGUGACAGAGGUUGAGACUCAAAUCGAUACAGCCAAAGCUUUGGAGAAACUUAAGACAACGACCAUGCAAUACACAGUUUCAAUACGUGGUUCCCUACAAGUGAUAUUAAAUCGGUACAUUUACAACAUGCACUCGUCGAAGAUGUCUGGCGUAAAACGAUGGAGGUGUGCGGACUAUCGUAAUAUGAAAUGUAUGGCAUUUCUCGUUACCAAAGGGAAUGUGGUGUUGAACAGAGGAAAUCCCCAUUGUCACUCAUUCCAUGAUAAGAAAAUCUUAGCAAAGAUAAAAAGCAAUUCUGUGUAUUCAGCACUUAAUGAAUUAGAAGCAUAUCAAGAAAGGGAGAGGAAGAAACAGGAAGAAUCAGACAAUUGUGACGCUGAAUACAUUGAAACUGACCUUGGAGACAAAUCUAAUGAUGAGCUGGGUGAAUAGAUUAUGAAAUUAA